ACUUGGCCGGUGUAGGACAGCUUUGGGCGCCUUUCUCCCAUUAUUAUGACAGUAGCCGACCAGCCAGGGAUGCAAUUGUCUCAACUGACCCUACUGUAACUCAAUAUUUUAGUUCAUUUGAGCAUUCAGCGCAUAUACGCUUUCAAAGGUCCACAAUGAGCUCCCUUCAGGUCGAAAACCUCUUUGGCGUCGCAGGCAAAGUCGUCCUAGUCACUGGUGGAACCCGGGGCAUUGGAAAAAUGAUUGCCUCAGGAUACGUCAGAAACGGAGCCAAGGUCUACAUCACUUCCCGUUCUGCAAAAGACUGUGACGCGACUGCCAAGGAAUUCAAUGCCCUCGUACCUGGCUCGUGUGUUGCACUUGCCGCAGACCUGCAAAAGCUCGAGGAAGUCCAGCGUCUUGCAGGCGAGCUCUCUUCCAGAGAAAAAGCGUUGCAUGUGCUCGUGAACAAUGCCGGUGCAACGUGGGCAGCGCCUGUCGAUGACCAUCCUGACGAUGGUUUCACAAAAGUUGUGACCUUGAAUUUACAGCGAGUAUUCACCUUGACGCAGAAGCUCCUUCCCCUGCUACGGGCUGCUGCAUCUGGGGUAGAAAAUAAUGUGUAUUAUGAUCCGGCGCGGAUUAUCAAUAUUGGUUCCGUCGAGGGAAUAGGCGUGCCGGAUCACGACACCUAUGCUUAUGCUGCUGCAAAAGCUGGUUUGCACCACCUCAGCAGGCACCUUGGUGGUCGAUUGGGUCCGGAAGGUAUCGUGAGCAACACGAUCGCUUGCGUGACUGCUCAAUUCCUACAAGCAGCAGGCGAUGUCGUUGUCUCCAAAGUUCCGUUGAAUCGAUUUGGCACUCCAGAAGACGUGGCAGGAACUUGUCUAUUUCUAUCUAGUAGGGCAGGUGCAUACGUGAAUGGUGCCACGAUUGCUUUGGAUGGUGGAUUCCUCGUCAGCAUGCCCUUGAGUAAACUUUGAAUUAUCUAUCACGUCAGCCGCAUCGACAUAUCUCCUUCAAGCUAUCAGUGCUAUUGUUCGCCUUCCUUUGUCUAUCUAUCUUAUUCCUCUCCUAGUAGUGAUUGAUAUAAUUGACUGUGAAUUGCAUUGCUAUACGAAUUUAUUAUUACAUAUACUUACAGGAGAUAUACAUUGUGUCCCAUGUGCCAAAGACUAAUGUUACUCGCUAUCUUGCUUGACGGUGGCAACCUCCUCUGGCUUUGCAUCUUUAUUGCCUGUCUUAUCGUCCUCGGCAACGCCUCCGCCCAGACUCCUGACCAACUCCCCAGCUUCGUCUCCACCAAGUCCUAACUCUUCCACAAGAUCUCUCAGAUCGUCAUCCGUCACUCUAACUCCUUGCAGCCCAAAACCCGAUAAUUCCGUACUGACGUCGUAUUCGCCUGCUCUCUUGUUCACAGGCACGGGUGUCCCCUUCAGAGGUGAAUCUGACGAUGCAAAGAUCUUGGGUCUAUGGUGCUCUGGGGUCAUCUGCGAGAUAGAAACUGCGCCGGGAACACCGACAGGUUUCACAGUUGGUGCAGGACGGUCCUCGUCGGUAGCUACAUUCCAGCUUUCCUUCAGACGUAGGAAGGUGUCGAGUUCGUCGUAUUCUACAGCUUC